AUGGACGCAUACUCCGGCUACAACCAGAUUCCGAUGCACCGACCUGACAAAGAAAAAACAGUGUUCAUCACCCCAGAUGGGAGGUACUGCUACACAGUGAUGCCCUUCGGCCUAAAAAACGCCGGAGCCACCUACCAAAGACUUGUCAACAAGAUAUUCCAAAACCUGACCGGAAGCAAACUAGAAGUCUACAUAGACGACAUACUCGCCAAAACCGAAUCCGGGGAACAACUCAUCAGCGACCUCAAGGUCAUUAUGAACACCCUACGAAAGCACCAAAUGCGACUCAACCCGGCAAAAUGCGCCUUUUGGAUGGAGGCAGGGAAGUUCCUCAGCUUUAUGAUCACACAACGCGGUGUUGAAGCGAACCCAGAGAAAUGUCGCGCCGUCCUUGAGAUGACGAGCCUAAAAAACCACAACGACAUCCAAAAGCUCACCGGCCGACUAACGGCACUAUCACGCUUUCUCGGAGCAUCGGCUCAAAAAGCAAUCCCUUUCUUCAAACUGAUGAAGAAAGGAGCCCCCUUCAAAUGGGAGACAGAAUGCGAAGAAGCAUUCCAACAUUUCAAGAGAGUCUUAGCGGAACCACCAGUCCUCGCCAAACCCCAAGCAGGGGAGACACUCUACUUAUACCUCUCCAUAACGGAAGAACAAAGUCCUGCAAGAUGCGGAAACUCGCUACUCACGCCUAGAAAAGUUAGCUUUCGCACUCCUCUCGGCCUUCUGGCACCUGCGACAAUACUUCCAAGCCCACCCUGUGACGGUCCGAACCGACCAAGUGGCCAAACAGGUACUACAAAAACCGACCUAGCGGGAAGAAUGCUAGCAUGGUCCAUCGAGCUAUCCCAAUUCCAGAUCAAGUUUGAACCCCGAAACGCAAUCAAAGCGCAUGCCAUGGCCGAUUUCAUCGCUGAGAUGACCCCUGGAAAUCUCAUCCCCGAAUCAUGGAAACUACACGUCGACGGCUCGUCAAACGUCACCUAUGGAGGCGCCGGAGUCAUACUCGAGAGUCGAAACGGGGUCACAAUCGAACAAUCGGUACGAUACGAGUUCCUAGGGUCGAACAACCAAGCAGAAUAUGAGGCCCUCCUGGCAGGCCUAGCCCUAGCCCGGGAAGUCGGAGCAAAGGUCCUAGAAGUGAAUACUGAUUCACAGGUAGUCAGUUCCCAAAUUGACAGAGACUACCAGACACGAGAUCCCCUACUCCAACAAUACCUCACCAAGGGGAUCGACCUUGUCGGACCAUUCCCUACGGCACCCGGUCAACUCCGAUAUCUCAUCGUCGCCAUAGACUAUUAUACUAAAUGGAUCGAGGCCGAACCCCUGGCCUCCAUCACGGCGAGCCAAUGCCAAAAAUUCCUUUGGCGACAGAUCAUAACCCGAUUCGGGAUCCCCGAGAUCAUCAUCUCGGAUAAUGGAACCCAAUUCACCGAUAGGAAAUUCAGAGAAUUCCUAGAAGGUUUGCAUGUAUCCCACUGUUUCAGCUCGGUAGAGCACCCCCAAACAAACGGACAUGUGGAAUCCGCAAAUAAAAUAAUUGUCAAAGGACUAAAGAAGCGACUCGACGAAGCCAAGGGGCUGUGGGCCGACGAACUCGGCUCAGUCUUAUGGUCAUAUCGAACAACCCCCCAAACGGCCACACGGGAAACCCCUUUUCGACUGACAUACGGCGUGAAGCAGAGCGAAACCUCACCAAGGAGAACGGUCGGGGGUCACGACGAAGAAGUAACCCUAAAGCAAAGAAUCAGUCUAAGGUACAAUCACGGCGUCGUCCAAAGAGAAUUCGUACCCGAAUAA